AUGCGGAACUUUGCCGCUGGCCCAUUCCACAGUGUUUCUCAGAACACGGAUGAGGACCAUGAUAUCAUUGUGCAGCAUGAGUUUCAAAAUUACGUUUUGGCCAUUUUGUCAAAGGAUCAAAACUUGUCUGGAGCUGAAGAGACAGAUGAUGAUGAUGAUGGUGAUGAUGAUGAAGAAGAAACAGAAGAAGAAGAAGAAGAAGAAGAAGCAGAAGGAGAAGGAGAAGAAAAAGAAGAAGCAGAAGGAGAAGAAACAGGAGGAGGAGAAGGAGGAACAGAGAAAGAAGAGGAAAUAGAGGAAAAAUAUGAAAAAGAGAAACAUAGUAAAACACCUGAGGGAGAGAAAAGCAGUAAUAGCACAGUGGAAACCGUAGAGGCAGAAGAGGCUACUCAGAAAGAGACCAUCAUUCAGGAGGAGAAAGAAAGCACUGACAAUCACACUGUGAACAGUUCUUCAGAGAACACUGAUGACCAAAUACCUGGAGGAACCACUGGGAGAAAAAGGUUUUCCCUGUUUAAGCGAAAGCCACUGACAGGCCAGAAGAAUGUAUGUAGCGGAAAGGAAGAUAGAUCUGGAAAGCCAUUACAGAAUGAACAAGAAAAAGAAAAGGAAGAUGUAUCUGGUGAAGAGAGUAAAGAUGAAAACCAGAAUCAUACAUCGGAGAAUUCCAGGGAAACUGUGACUAACCCGGACAGAAGGAUUAAAUCUUCUACUUGUAUAUUACUCUAACACUGUUAUAGUCUGGAAGAAUGUGACAGUCUUAAAGCACAUAGUGCAAUUUUUACUUGAAAACAGUUAUGACUCACUAGAGAUGUUAAUGGUUGCUUUUUUGAUUGAUUUGAUUGCUGUGAUUUCAAACGUGCAAACCAUUUUCCUGAUAUUUAUUGGUAAUUGUAAUGGUUGCAAUUGAUACAUUUAACAGCAUCUUGCUGGAGUUCUGUGGCCUUAACUGUUAGUGUUGUAAAACAAAAUAUAUUUUUUUAUGUGAAAAGUUGAAUACAGGUAUUUCAUGUUUUUUGCUAAAUAAUUAAUUUUGUUCUGUUUCAGUCUACAGAGUACCACUUUCAGUAUGAUACUCUUGCAAAGUUACAAUCUUUGAUGUAAGAUAUUAUUUGGCUUAACAAGCUAGGUAAGAAUGUUGAAGUUCACGUUUUAAAGAGGGUACUCAGUUACUUAGAAAUACAUAUGCAUCUUUCUGUUUUGACUUUGAAAAAAUAGCAAUAAAACUUUCAAGUUAACAUA